AUGUCAAGCUCGAGAGAUGAUAUUCGCGAAGGAUAUCGUUCAAUUAAUUACGAAUCACAAAAUAAUGAAUUUAAUAAAUUGGAAACGAAUCAAGAUGGUCAGAUACCUGAAGAUCGUCAUAUGAUGAUUUAUUUCAUUUUCUUUUUACAAGGAAUCAUGAUUCUUUUAGGAUGGAAUGUAAUCACAAUCACUUCAGUCUAUUUUCAGGCCAGAUUUAUUGGAACUCCAUUUGUUGAUGGCUUUCAAAAUUACUUUUCAAUAAGUUACAUGUUUCCACAUUUAUUAUUUCUCGGAUAUGCCAUAUAUUCUCAAAAAUCUGCAAAUAUGUCUCGUCGGAUAACCGUUUCUCUUUUUUCAUUUACCAUGAUUUUUAUGGCGAUCGCUAUAACUACGCAAGUUAAAUUGUUUACACCAAAUGGAUAUUUUUACUUUAUUAUUCUUUUAAUGUUUUUAUCUGGAGCUUUUACUGCUUAUCUACAAAAUGGAAUAUUUGCGGUCGUUUCGCAAUUUUCUCCAAUGUAUAUGCAAGCUGUUAUGAGUGGCCAAGGUUUAGCUGGAGUGAUAGUAGCAGCUUUUGAAAUUAUAAGCGCAUUAGCGAUAGAGAAUAAACAAAUAUCAACAGAAGCAGACUUAUCACAAAUGGCACUUGCUUGCUUUCUUUUCUCAAUGUUCAUAUCAUUACUUUCACUAAUCACAUACUUUAUUCUAACUCGCUUGCCAUUAUAUAUCCAUCACUUCCCACCACACGAAACACCUAUAAUUCAUCCGAUUGAUCAAACAUUAAGCAAUCAUUCACUUCAAACCACGUUUCAUAGAAUUCGAUUAUUAUGCUUUGCAAUAUGUUUUAACUUUACUGUGACCUUGGCAUUAUAUCCAUCAAUCACUGCAUAUAUAAAAACCACAAUUUCUGAAAAAAACAGAUACCUAUUUCAAGAAGAUUACAUAUUCAUACCAUUACAUUUUUUAAUUUAUAAUAUUUGUGACUGGAUUGCUCGAAUAAUAUUUAUUCCGUUGUUUCUUUUUAGUAAUGUAGAUGUUGGAAUAUAUGGAAAAAGAAUAGUUCCAUUAUUGAUAAAUAACGAUUGGGUUUAUUUGUUUGUAUUAAUGUUGUUUGGAAUAACAAAUGGAUAUCUUGUAUCAAUGUGUAUGAUGACAGGUCCUCAG